UGUAAAAUGAAUUGUGUGCUUCCUUUACCCCUUCUCCAAAAUAUCCCCAACCUUUUCUAUUCUCUAUAUAAGCCAUAGGUUUCACUUCUUCAUAUGUUCAGUCAAAUGUAUGUGAAUCCUCAUCAUAACUACUACUACCACUCUAAUUUUCUUAUUCCCUCCAAAAACAUCUCAAAAACCCAAUACCAUUAUUUUUCAAACAUGGAUUCAUUUCAAUCUAAAAAGCUUCAAGUUUCCAUGAAUUCGUACAACAAAACUCAAUUUUUACACAAUCUCAUCCUCUCUUCUAUGGUUGCCAUAACAUGCAGUUUUCUUUGCUCUUACCCCUUUUGGUUUUCAUCACUAACUACUUCAAUCAAACACUUUGUUUUCAUAUCUCUUCCAACUAUUUGUUCUUCUUUCCUUAACCCCAAGUGCCUGUUCAUAGUUUUUAAUGUCAUAGUUGCUUUCCUUGUUGGUGAAUCAAAAUUCGUUGGCUCAUCAUCACAACAGUCAUCUCCAGCCACUGAUAUCUACUCAGAAUAUGUUGAGAGGAGUCAAAGUCUUCAUGGACAGAAGAGAAUAAUCAGUAGUACUAUUCACGAGGAGAAAGAAGAAUUGGUGAAGAUGGAGAUAAUGGAUGAAGAGGAAAGAGUUUAUGAAGAUAAAGAAGUAGUAGUACUUGAUCAAGUGGAAGAUGAUAAAGAAGAAAAACAUGAUGGUGAUGAUGAUCAAAAAUUGAAAGAUGAUGAUGAAGCAACCGAAAAAUUCGAAGAAGCCGAAAACAAUGAUGAUGAGGGAGAAGUGUCAGAUGGAUUAUUGCCAACUGAGGAACUAAACAGAAGAGUUGAAGAAUUUAUUGCAAGGGUUAAUAAGCAAAGGUGGCUUGAAGCUAAAAUGAUGAUAUGUUGCCAAGCAUAAAUAUUUAUGUAUGAUAGAAUUGUAUUACUAUAUUACUAUUAUUUCUCUUUUAGUGGUGGAAAUUUGUGUGUAGCUCUACUACUAUGGAAUAGUUUUUGUAACCAUGAGAAGUAAUUAUUGUUAGCUAUAAUAUUACAUUAAUUACUGCAA